AUGUUGCUCUUGUGCGGCAAGAAGCAGGGAAGACCUGCAAAGAUAGUCCUAUCAGCAGCAUCUGCUGCUUUAUUGAUGCAACGCCGGCAUGUGGAGUACUGGGGAUCUUCGGUAACAGGGCGUACACAGCCAUAUGCGCAGGGAGACAUGCUACCGCGAGUGGACAAUACUCGUCACGUAAUUAACAAACCAUCUAGCACAGCUGCAAGCCUUACGGGAAAUCAUUUGGGUAUUGCAUAUGAUAGUAGCAAUAUUUUUUCUGUGGAGGGAUACAGUCAACUGGAAAAGGAACAUUACCAGCCAUUGCGUGGAAUAUCACGGUAUAAAGUGGGACCUUUUUCUGAGAAGGAUGGUCCAAGAGUUCGAAAGCUAAUGGAAAAAUUGGAGGCAGAUAUAACGGUUGGUAUUGAUGCCGCAUGGUGGGGAGCUGUUCUUAAAGAUUUUCCUUCCUUAAAGAAACCAUGUACCCCCGAGUUUAAGGAGGAAUUUGCACAGUUCUACAAGAGUGCUUUUUCAGUAGCACAUGAUGAAGAUGCUGUGACUGCUCUCGCCGUACCUUUUGUACGUCGACAAAUGCAAGAGCAUUUCAUCAGUUUUGCCAUGUUUUGGCGCAUAGCCGAAAAAUUAGCAGAUGCUUUGGGAAAGGCAUCUGGGGCUCAGCAUCACGAAAAACGUAUUUCCCGCAUUGCAGUAGAGCGGGUGACGAAGAUAGCACUUAAUACCAUUGCGGAUGAACCAUGGGCACAUCAAGAUACCACUAGCCCUUUACUUUUCGAUAUUUCAAACUUUGGGGCGUGGCAUGAGGCUGGUAACUGGUAG